AUGCACAUACUAAUCCACCACGUACCACACAUGCUCAGACGACAUGGCAGCCUAAAAAUGUUCAGUGGACAGGGUAUUUAUUUCUUUUAACUCUUUGAUCUUUGACCUUGUUGCUUCCCAGUGCUUAACUUAAGGCUCCAAAAAGGAAUAUGAAAAUUGAAAAAUUUAAAAACGAUUAUUGGCCAGGGUGCAAAGAAAGUCAGGUUUACAGCUUGCCAUUUGGACCAGCUGUAGCUAACAUCUACUAGCCUACGAGGUAAUGAUUUUAACCAGCCCAUAAUUUUAAUUCCCAUAAAAGCUUCAUUUGCCCACCAGGCAAAUUAAGAACAUAUUUACUAGCCUGAUAGCAAAAUCAACGAGCCCCAAGGUAUUGGACUCGACUUUCCUUGCACACUGUUGACUGUAAUGAAUAUUUUUACAGGAGUUGAGAAAAAGAAUGAUGAUUUCAGAAGAUAUUUCUACACAAAAAUCAACCGCUGGGAUUCCGCAAAGGAUCUUUUAAUUGGUGGAAAAACGGCAGGAAGCACUCAAGGAUUGCGAGAGAGUAAACAGAGGUUACGUGAAAAGGAAGGAGUCGUUCUGGAUGGAGAAAGGAAAGCAGCAGGCAGCAAAGAAAGUUGUCAGAGUGUCAACGUCAACGUCAGAAUUCCCCAAUACCACCACACCAAAUCAGCAGUACAACCAAAUCAGCAGUACACUUUAGCAGAACUAAAGAAAAUGAAAGCAACCGAGCUUCUUGUUCUACUGUCUCAACAAGGGAGAGUAUUCAACAAAAGGACAAGGAAGCAAGUAUCAAUAAAUGCGUAUUUAGGUGGCACUUCAAACAUACCUAG